AAUGAAAAUUAUAACUUCUAGCACUUAAUUGCAAUUUUAGACUAAAUUAUUACUAUAUGAUGUUUAUUAUAAAUAUGUAUUUUGAUUUCUAAAAACAAGAUUUUUAUUAUUAACCAAAAUGAGUUUGAUCAACAGAAUAUUGUCUAUGUGUGAAUCCUAUGCUUACAUGCGACCAAUAAUAAUCAAUAACGUUAUUGAUCAUUUAAAAUAUGGUGCUACAGGCGAACUAUUAUGUCAUAAUAUUAGAAAUGAAUGGCUAUACAGCAAUGUAACUAGUAGAGAUGAAAGCGUAUUUCAAUUUUGUAAUAUUGACCAGAAAAAAUAUUCCAAUGAUAUUCCAAGUUUAAAAGAUCAUUUUAUGAAUGCUAAACAAUUUUGUAAUAAUCAACUCCCAUUCAGUUUUGCUGAUUCUAGAAGUAUAUGUGAACAAACAAGUUUAAAUGCUUUGAAAAUUGGAGAUAAAAAAUACUUUAGCCCUAAGAAUUAUACCAGAUUUAAGUAUAUUGCAUUUUGUAUACCAGAAGAAAGCCAACAAUUUUUCUAUCAUUGGCAAAGACAACGAAAAAUUUGGUGGAGAAAAUUCUCAGCCAAUCCUGGUAGAUUUUCACUUACUGAAAUAUUGAUCGACGAAAAUGGCCAAGAGAGUACAGAAAUUCGAGCUGAAUUUCCAUGGGGACAGGAGACAAUUGAAACCAUACGUAACAUUAGUACUAAAAUGUUUGAUAAUCUUGAUCCAUUGGAACAAGAAAUGUUUAUAGCAAGAGUGGGUAAAAGAAAAGUCUUACCCCACGUAGUUGAAAGUGAAACUAGCCUUGAAAAAGCAUUUAUGGUGUUUCUGUGUGAUGGAUAUGCAGACCUGCCUUAUCACAGCGGUCGCAGAGAAAUCUUUCGGUUUCAUCGUAAACUGGCUCCAUAUAAAAUAACAUUUGCUGCUCCCUUGUCAAAUGCCAAAAAAGCAGAUGAAUUGAGACAGCUUUCUAUUUACUUGGGAUUGAAUUUAAAAAAAUCUGGUAUAUCAACCUUAAUCCUCCCUAACACUGCGAAAAAGUCUCUCGAGUCACAGUUCACAGAUUUAGACUGUCUUGGCAUUCCUUAUACAGCUAUACUCAGCGAUUCUACUUUAGACAAUGGUAUUGUUGGAAUUAGGAAUAUUGAAACAACUCUUGAGGAAAAAAUUCAUGUGGCAAAUUUGACUUCUUACGUUGAACAACUUAUAAAAAAUUACUGACUUGUAAUUUAUAAUGGUUAGAUCAUACUUUAGUUUUUCUUAGUUAAAAAUAAAAAUUAAUUUAUAUGUAAUGUAUUUUUCAAUAUCUAUGCAACCAGAAAAAAUAUAUA